UGAAAACUCCGUAUUUGGUCAUAUCCUCUUACACGUUUGCGUACGGAAGCCAAUGAAAUCUUGACGAGGCUGUCAGUAAGCCAAUGACAAAGCUGCUGUCGGAAUAACUUCCUGUUUGGGCUUGCUUCGCUGUGUCGACCAUGGCUGCAGAGGGCGAUUUUCUGGCGAGAUACAGAGCUGUGUCAAAUAAAUUAAAGAAGCGUUUCCUCCGAAAGCCGAAUGUCGCUGAAGCCAGUGAGCAGUUUGGUCAGCUGGCAAAAGAGCUGAAGCAGCAGGACUGUCUUCAGUAUGCUGCCUUCUGUAACCUGGCCAUGGCUCGGUGUGAGCAGACUCUGUUUAAUGCCCCAGGGGAAGCUCUGGCCCUGACCGAUGCUGCACGUCUCUUUCUCUCAUCUGAGAAGGAGAUCAGAGCCCUGCAGGCUCCGGGCUUUGAUGAACACCUUCAAGCUGCUCUCAACUGCUACAGUUUUGCCAUUAAGGUGUACAUUGAGAUGAACCAGCCUGUGAUGGCAGCCAGCCUGUGUUUGGAACUUGGGAACGCGCUCAAGGAAAUGAACAGACCAGGGGAAGCGAUCGUUCACUUCCAGAGAGCUGCAGAGUUACAGACGCAGACACCCAUAGAAGCUCUGCUGUCCAUGGGAGAAAUAGCCACGUGUAAAAUCGUCACACGUGACUAUGACGGUGCUUUGUCAGUGUUCACAGAGAUGCAGCUGAUGUGUCAGGAGAGAGGAAUGCAGCUGCCAGGCACCACAAACCCUAUUGGGUCCUUUUUGGACAUUGUGGCAAAAUGUGAGAUAUCCAGAGUGCUACUGCUGAUGUUACUUGAGCCUCCACCUCAGAAGCUAUUACCAGAACAUGCUCAGACCCUGGAGAGAUACGCAUGGGAGUCCUUCGACCCUCACAGCCAAGUGACCUUUCUGCCUGAGAAUGUGUUCCUGCUUCUGCAGUCGGUAGUGAUGGCCUGUCAGGAGAAAGACACAGAGUCCCUGAAGUCCUUGCAGACUGAGCUGUGGCCCUUUCUGACGGCAGAGCAGAAUCACCUCCUCCACCUGGUGGUUCUGGAGCGAAUUGCACCGUGUGGUCAAGGCAUUUAGUACAGCUUAGCUUUUACUUUCUUCCUCUGGGAACUGUACUGUGUGUGAUGGAAUAUUGCUGUUUUUGACGGGUCUGUUGUAAGGCCCGCUGAAGGGUUGUCUUCACGGUUUAGGAACUGUCCUAAAAAAUGAACCUUCAGAAGACAUAUGUUUAUGUUGUGCACUUACUUCAACCUGGACCAACUCUUAUAUAAUGUAAAACUGGGGUCACUCUGUAUUUAGAGUUUUCAGAUAAAACACAACUUCUGUGUGUUUGAAUUGACUUUAUUAGUAAAAGACAUGAGUUAGAUUUAAAUGUAAAUACAACCAAAUUGUCUAAUGUAUAGUUCUGUUAAAUGGUAGAAUGUAACGCCUCCACCCUUCAUCCCUGGAUUGUUUUAAGCUUCACUUGUACAAACGUACUUUACAUAAGAUAGCAGCCGACUACAGACAGAAAACCAAACACAGCUUAAAAUAGUACACUCAAUGCAAAACGCUACAAAAAUAGAAUUGGUUACAUUGUACUUAGAAGGUAUAUACCAUACAUGUAAAAAUGUAAGAAAUGAAUAAAUGUACUGUGAAGUUUC